GGAAUUAGAAUAGGAAAAAAUUAAACAAUAAGAAUAAGAAAAAAUAAGGCAAGUUUAAUAAUUAAAUUUGAAAGUUUAAGCCCAAAAUAAUAUUUAGAAAUAACAAUAAGAAAAAGAAGAAUAAGAAAGAAUUUAAGAAAUCAGAAAAUAAGUCUACGAAGAAUUCGAAAAUAAAAAAAAUGAAGAAUUAGAAUUAUAAAAGAAGGAAAAUGGAAAAAAUAAAAAAAAAUAUCGAGGAAAAAAUUAAAUAAUAGUAUUUAAACGAAUAGUCUAUUUUACAAAAAUAACUAGAGUAGUAAAUUAAGGAAGAUUUUAUUAAAAAAUAGUAAGAAGAAGAAAAAAAUUAAGUCUUGGAAAAGUCCAAAAUUAAAGAAGAAGAGGCAAGAAUUUAAUAAUAAGUAGAAAUUUUGAGAUAAAAAGAAGAAUAAAUUAAAGCCGAGGAAGCUAAAAAUCGCUUAAUUUAGGAAAAAAUCAUCUUAGAAUAAGAAAAAUUAGAAUAGGAAGAAAAAAAGUUAAAAUCAUUAUAAGAAAAUGCUAAGUAAUAAGAUAAAGAGGAAGAAGAAGAAAAAAGAAAAAAAAAAGAAGAAAAAAAGAGAAAAAAAGAAGAAGAAAAAAGAUUAAAAGAAUAAUAAGAAGAAGAAAAAAGAAAAAAAAAAGAAGAAAAAAAAAGAAAAAAGCAAGAGGAAAAAGAAAAAAAGGAAAAAGAAGAAGAAGAAAAAAGGGAAAAAGAAGAAGAAGAAAAAUAAAGGGAAAAAGAAGAAAAAGAAAGAAGAGAAAUAGAAGAAAAAGAAAGAAGGGAAAAAGAAGAAGAAAGGGAAAAAGAAAAAGAAGAAAAAUAAAAAAAGGAAAAAGAAGAAGAAGAAAAAAGGGAAAAAGAAAAAAGGGAAAAAGAAGAAGAAGAAGAGUAAAGGCAUAAAGAAGAAGAAGAAUAAAGGGAAAAAGAAGAAAAAGAAAGAAGGGAAAAAGAAGAAGAAGAAAAAUAAAGGGAAAAAGAAGAAGAAGAAUAAAGGGAAAAAAAAGAAGAAGAAAAAUAAAGGGAAAAAGAAAAAAGGGAAAAAUAAGAAAAAGAAAAAAAGGAAAAAGAAGAAAAAAGGGAAAAAGAAGUAAAAGAAAAAAGGGAAAAAGAACAAUAAAACAAUAUUAAAUAAAAUUAAUAACAAGAAUAUGAUGAAGAAGAACAAGAAGAAUAAAGAAAAAAAUAAUAUGAGCAAGAAGAAAAAAAGAGACAAAAAGAAGAAGCAGAAAGAGCCGAAGAAGAAAAGAAACAAAAAGAAGAAGAAAAGAGGUAAAAAGAAGAAGAAAAGAGGUAAAAAGAAGAAGAAUAGAGGCAAAAAGAAGAAGAAAAGAGAAAAGAAGAAGAAGAAAAGAGAAAAGAAGAAGAAGAAGAAGAAAUGAGACAAAAAGAAGAAGAAGAAAAGAGAAAAGAACAAGAAAGGAGGAAAGAAGAAGAAGAAAUGAGACUAAAAUAAGAAGAAAAAAUGAGACAAAAAGAAGAAGAAGAAAAGAGACAAAAAGAAGAAGAAGACAAAAUAUAAAGAAAAUAAUAAUAAUAAUAGGAAGAGGAAGAAUAAAGAACAAAAAAUGAACAAGAAAAAGAAAAAAAAAUAGAAUAAGAAAAGAAAAAAAAGUAAGAAAAUGAAGAAUUAGAAAAAAAAAAAAAAGAAGAAGAAGAUAAUAAAAAAAAGGAAGAAGAAUAAAAAAAAUUAGAAUAAGAAAAUUAAAAAAAGCAGAUUGAAGAAUAAAAAAGAUAAGAAGAAGAAGAACAUAAAAAAAAAGAAGAAAAAUAAAAAUAAAAAUAAAAAGAAGAACAAGAACAAGAACAAGAACAAGAAUAAGGAGAAGAAUUAAAAAAACAAAAAGAAGAACGAGAACGAGAACGAGAACGAGAAGAGAAGAAGAAGAAUAAAGAAACCAAAAAGAAGAAGAACAAGAAUAAAAAAAGCAAAUAGAACAACGAGAACUAGAAUAAAGAGAAGAAUAAAAAAAACAAAAAGAAGAAGAUGAACGACAGGAAGAAGGAUAAAGAAAAGAAGAAGAAUAUGAAGAAUAAAUAAAAUAAAAAGAAGAAAAAGAAAAAGACGAAAAACACAAUGAAAAAUAAGAAUAAGAAGAAAAAAAUUCUAAUUAAUUAAUUGAUUAACUAGUAUCUUAAUCAUUAAAUUAAAUAUAUACAAAUGCAAUUUUAUAAAAUUUAGAAUAAAGUCCAAAUGAAAUUUAAAUAAACUAAUAAUAAAAUUAAAAAGAAGUUGAAUAAAAACAACUUAAUGAUAAAUAAUUAGAAAAAAAAGAAGUUGAAAAAAUUGAAUCCGAAGAAGAAAACGAAUACUAUAAUGAAGAUGAUUUCGAAAAAUCAGACUAAGAAAUUAAAUAAAGUCCUUAAAAAAAUGAAGAUUUUGAUUUAAUAGAAGAUGAAAUAGAAAAAACUUAAUAAUACAAAUUCUAAUUAAUUGUAAAAAAAAAAAAAAAAAAAAAAAAAAAAAAAAAAAUUAAGGAUGAAGAUGAAGAGAUAAUAGAAAUAGAAUUAAAUAAAAAUAAAUUAAAUUUAAAAAAAGAAAACAAAUAAAUAAAACUAAAUCAACAAAUAACUUUCAUAAAUAAAGACUUAAAAGAACUAUUUGAUAAAACCCUAUAAAAAAAAGAUUAAGACACCUAUAUAUUAGAUUAAAACCUCAAAUACAAUAAUGAAUAAUAUAUAUUCAAAAGAAUCCCAAUAAUGA